AUGUGCUGCAACUACUACGGGAACUCCUACGGGGGCUGUGGCUACGGCUCUGGCUAUGGACACCCCACCCCCAGCACCAUGUGUGGCAACUACAGGAACUAUUACGGGGGCCGCGGCUACGGAGGCUGUGGCUACGGCUGUGGUUAUGGCUGUGGCUACGGAGGCUGUGGCUACGGCUGUGGUUAUGACUGUGGCUGUGGCUGUGGCUGCAGCUCCCGCUCCCUCUGUGGCUGUGGCUAUGCCUGUGGCCAUGGCUAUGGCUCUGGCUUUGGCUACUACUAUUGA